AUGAACGGCGCCCCUCCACACAACCCCCACCACCCACCCCAGGCCCUCCUCGACGAUGUGGAAGAGGAGGUGACCAUUACGGUGGAGGACGUGAUCGCGGGCCUGGCCGACGCGGACAAAGCACGGAGGCUGGACAUGUUCCGGCUGCUUCACGAGGCCGUGUCGGGUGACACGCGCAAGGCCGUCUCGGUCGGACGCACCGAUGCCGCGUGGCACGCCAUCCACCAGGCCGCCCUCUUCCGUCCUUCCUGGGACGGCGACCAACCCGGGAACUUACUGACGAUGGAGCGCGGCGAGGGAACAGGGGUGGAUGACUUGAUAUGCUUGGAGGCGUUGUCGUGCGUCUGGGCCAUCUCCGCGCACGAGGAGAACAAGCCCCUCGUGGUGCUCUACGACAGAACGUCGUCUCACGUGGAGGCGAUGGUUGCGAACCCAGGCGGAGUGGAUGCGGUGAUGCUGACGUUCAACAAGAUCAAGUACGAGAAGGGCCACCCCAAUUGGGCGGACUUUCUCCAGACGAUGAGCGCCAUCAUCCAAAACGUGUGCGAGAGCCACUACGACAGCGGCAAGAAGAACGACCUCCACGGGGUGCUGGUGAACAAGGGCGUCAUAGAGUUUCUGCACUUCAUGGUCGGCGAGCGCGUCUUUCGCAGGAGAGAGGACGCCUCCAACGAAUUGGAAUGCAUCAAAUUCCUCCUCUGCCUCACCAUCGGCAAUCUCGCCUACAAUCGCAUCAAUCGUGCGCUGCUGGAGGAGAUCGGAGCGUUCACGUUCCUGCGCAACUGCAUCCGAGACACCAAGAUCCUCAUCAAGAACUCCUGGCGCACGCUCCAGCCCUUCGUGCCACUGCUCGGCCUGGUGCGGGACAUCCGCCAGGGCCACAACGACCCGCUGUGGGCCGUCAUCACCCUCGCCAUCCUCUGCCUCGAGCAGUUCUCCUCCAAGAGAACGUUCGCGUUGAACGACUCGCCGGAGACGCUGCGAGUGCUGCUUCUGUCGCCUGUGAUCAGGCGCACAGAGAACGAGCACCUGCUCGAGGCGCUGCUGAGUCUGUGCAAGAACAUGAACCUCAACGUCGACCAGCUGACGCACAACAAGGACGCCGUGGCGGCCAAGGAGCACAUGGAGAAGGACCUCGAGGACUUUGGGAUGCUCUUCAACAGGCGGGAGAUGUUCCCCGACCUCGUUCUGGUCGCCCCGCGUCACGAGCCCUCCUCCACCACCACGCUCGUCGGCGAGGUCUCGGCCGUGCGUCGCCCGCGCAACGUCACUGCGGCGGCGCACAACGACAGCUCCGGUGGAGGCGACGGCGAAGGGCUGAUCUACUGCCACCGCGCCAUCCUGGCGGCUCGCUGCAAGGUCUUUGCGGCGCUCUUCCUCCGGUGGGAGGCGAGCGACGACGAGGAGGGCAACGACAAGGAGAGCGGCGAGGAGAAGGACAACGGCUCGACCGCGUCGACGGCAGCCAGCGGCGGUGGAUUGGAACUGGACGACGACGAGGAGGAGCCCAAGAAACGGAAGAAGAAGGAAGCCAAGGCGACCAAGAAGAAGGCGACCGGCGCCAAGGACCUCAAGAAGAAGCGCAAGAGGGACGGGCCGCCCGAGCACAAGCACAUCAGAAGGAAGAAGGACUCGCAGAGCAACGGCAAGGGCGAUCUGCAGCGGCUGGUGGUGCGAGAUGUGGACUUUGACACGAUGCACAAGAUCGUGGAGUUCAUCUACAAGGGACGCGUGGAGCUGGAUGAGUCGUGCGUGGUGGACGUCCUGCGUGCCGCCGACAUCUACGGCCUCGACCCGCUCAAGUCCAAGUGCGAGGCCUUCCUUGGCGACAGCCUCGACCUGGACAACAUCGCCAAGCUGCUCGAGAUCGCCAACAUCUACUCUGCGUGGCACCUCGAAAAACGGUGCCAAGAGUACAUUCGGUUCACCUACAAUGGCCACUUCGCCAGGGUGGUGGAGUCGGCGCUGUUUGUCGAUCUGUUCGAGAGGAUGCCCCACUACAGGGAAUCGCUGGCCGAGGUGUGCAAUGUCGUCUCCUUCGUGCCCUCCGUCACGACGUCUCUGGUCGCCCCCGCACGCAACGCCACCGCCUGCUGA